AUGCCGAAGUGUACUCGGUUAUCUUUUGAGUGUACUCGGUUAUCUUUUCUUCCUCCGAACACCUCAACAAUUUUGCACCCGAUGGAUCAAGGAAUAAUUCGUUCCUUUAAAAAUAAAUUUAAUAAGUUCAAAUUUAAUGAAAUUCUUCAGAAAAUUGAAUGCGGAUAUGGCAUUCAUGAAUCAUACAAAAAUUUAACACUUAAAGAUGGAGUUUUAUUUACCUAUUUUGGUUGGAAUGAAGUCACAGAAGAAACUAUCAAAAAUUGUUUCAGGCAUGCUAAGUGGAUUCCAUGUGAAGAGCAAAUUCAAUCUUCUAACUAUACGAUUGAGAAAUAUGAGGAGACAAUAAAGCAAUUGAAUAUUUUGGAUCCAAUGGAACAAUCAGAUUUUCUUGAUUACACGUACACUGAAAUAGACGAAGUGGAAGAAUCCCUCGAAAACGAUGAUGACGUAAAUGAGAAACAAACACGUGGUAUUUCUGAAGAGAAAACACCUGCGAAUGAAAUAAAUCAUGAAGAUGCGUUUAAAAUGUUGCAUAAUAUAAAAAAGUACUAUACUCAAGACGAUACUUUUAAUAUUAACGCAAUUCAAAUGAUCAAUCAAUUAAUCGAAGAUACGAUGUUUACUAAAAAAACAACAUUGAAGGAUUAUUUUAGUCUAAAUUCGUAA